AUGUCUGCUCUCACUGACGAUCGAAUCAUCUCGCUCUGUCACGAUCCGACAACCACGAUUCUCUCAGCGCCGCAGUGCUUAAACAAGGUGGUGCGCAUUACAGACAGCCUGGCCCGGCGCCUCGACGCAGACAUAGUCAAUGUGCCGACAGCUUAUCAGUUUGUGCAGAAAGAGGAGAUUGGGUAUAUCGUGAUGGACUACGUUGAUGGCGAUACGCUUGACCUGGUGAGCGCAAAAAAUAUGGCUGAGGAGCUGGGCAAGGUCUUAAAUUAUAUCCAUCAACAGGGAGCGACGAAGCCGGGAUCACUUGGAGGCGGGCUAGUAUCUGGUGUGCUCUGGCCUGAACAUGAGGAGGUGGAGUUUUCGGAGACUAAUGACCUCCAACUUUGGCUCAAUUAA